CCUAAACUUUAGGGUUUUAGACACUCGUAUAAAGCAGUAGAGUUGUUCGUCUCCUCCAUUUCUCUCUGGUUGCCCUAGUUUUUCCAAAUCGCCGUGUCUCACUAAAGAAGACGAAGCCAUGGUGCACGUUUGCUACUACCGCAACUAUGGGAAAACCUUCAAGGGCCCGCGACGUCCUUUCGAGAAGGAGCGUCUCGACUCCGAGCUGAAGCUCGUCGGCGAGUACGGGCUCCGCAACAAGCGUGAGCUCUGGAGAGUCCAGUACUCCCUGAGCCGCAUCCGUAACGCUGCCAGAGAUCUUCUGACGCUCGACGAGAAGAAUCCCAAGAGGAUCUUCGAAGGAGAGGCGCUUCUCCGUAAGAUGAACAGGUACGGGCUUCUCGACGAGAGCCAGAACAAGCUGGAUUACGUCUUGGCGUUGACCGUGGAGAAUUUUCUCGAGCGUCGUCUUCAGACUAUUGUGUUCAAGUCUGGUAUGGCGAAGUCGAUUCAUCACUCCCGUGUCCUCAUCAGGCAGAGGCAUAUCAGGGUUGGAAAGCAAUUGGUGAACAUUCCAUCGUUCAUGGUGAGACUUGACUCGCAGAAACACAUCGACUUUGCUCUAACCAGUCCCUUCGGUGGUGGCCGUCCAGGAAGAGUGAAGAGAAGGAACGAGAAGUCUGCCUCCAAGAAAGCCUCAGGUGGCGAUGCUGACGGUGAUGACGAAGAGUAAAUCUAACUCUCGCCGGUUUUAGCUAUGAAACAAUCUGCGUUUUGAUAUUUUGUAGUCUGGAACUUCGUUUUCUGAAGGAUUGUUUUGUGCUUUUUAUUUCUCCUAAAGAGUUUGUCGAACCUUAUGCUUAUUUACAUUAAUCACAUUAUCUUUAAAAGCU